UUGAAACCAUAAGGAAAAAGCUUUUCGAGAUCUAUGAUAUAAUUCCAGGUUUAUAUACACACACACAUUUCCGAGCGAACAUCUGCAGAUCUGGGUCGCGUCAUGUAGCGAGACUCGGUUGCGAGUGAUGAGGUUGGAGGAGCAACAUCUGGACAGCUGUGCGCUGAUGUUGAGCUGAAAGCACAGCCCCUGAUCCUGAUUCCUGCUUCCAGCCGAACUGAGGGGAAGAAACCGAGAGCAGCAUGUCCAAAGUGCUGAAGAGGAAGAAGCACUGGUCGGCCAAAGUGCGCGAGUGCGCCGUGUCGUGGGGAGGCGCGGGCGAGUUCGGCUCCGUGGUCGAGCUGCUCGGAGGAGCUGAACAUGGCCUCUUCCCCUUCCUCGGACACAUGGACCUCGACGCGCUCGUGUGUCACGUCGGCUCGCUGCCGUACUACGGGGACGUGCUGCUGGAGGUGAACGGGACGCCCGUGAGUGGCCUCACCAACCGAGACACGCACGCCGUGAUCCGGCACUUCCGAGAACCCAUCCGCAUAAAGACAGUCAAACCAGGCAAAGUGCUAAACACAGACUUGAGGCAUUAUCUCAGCUUGCAGUUCCAGAAGGGUUCACUGGACCACAAAUUACAACAAAUCAUCCGGGACAACCUUUACCUGCGUACUAUACCAUGUACAACCCGUCUACCCAGAGAGGGCGAAGUUCCUGGAGUGGAUUAUAACUUCAUCAGUGUGAGUGACUUUAAGAUCUUGGAGGAGAGCGGUUUACUCCUGGAGAGUGGAACUUAUGAAGGAAACUACUAUGGCACGCCCAAACCCCCCGCAGAGCCUAACUUGGUUCAGCCGGAUCUGGUCGACCAGGUGUUGUUCGAGGAGGAAUUUGGCACAGAAGUCCCACGCAAGCGCACUACUUCUGUCAGCAAGAUGGAUCGCAAUGACAGUGUUGUCCCUGAGGAGGAGGACGAUGAGGAGCGGCCAGCGCUACCAAACGGCCUUCCAGAGGGAAGUGAGGAGUGGAGGAGGCCUGUGCCCAGCUACACUCAGUCUAACAGCAGCAGCAGUGUCACUCGCGGAGGUGGCAGCAGCAGUAGUGAGCUUGUUCGCACCUGGAGUUCUCUCUCCAGAGACGACAGCCUCGAACCUCUACCAUACAACUGGGAGAUGGCCUACACUGAAACGGGCAUGGUCUACUUCAUUGAUCAUAAUACAAAAACCACCACGUGGCUGGACCCUCGCCUUGUCAAGAAAGCUAAACCACCUGAAAAGUGUGAUGAUGGAGAGCUUCCAUACGGCUGGGAGGAGAUUGAGGACGCACAAUAUGGCACAUACUAUGUUGAUCACAUAAACCAAAGAACCCAAUUUGAGAAUCCGGUGGUAGAAGCAAAGAAGAAACUAGUGCAGGAGGCUGCAGCUGCAGGACAGAGCCAAAAGGGGGCAGCACCUGCUUCAGGUGGUGAAGGGGGAACUCCAGGUUUCACCCGUGACCCGACUCUGCUGAAGGGCGAGUUAUAUCACACGGCCUUGAAAAAAAGCACUCAGGGCUUUGGCUUCACCAUCAUCGGAGGAGACCGACCUGAUGAGUUCCUGCAGGUGAAGAAUGUCCUGGCAGAUGGACCAGCUGCACAGGAUAACAAAAUGGCCUCUGGUGAUGUAAUUGUGGAGAUCAAUGGCACACUGGUGCUGGGUAAGACCCACAAUGAUGUAGUGCAGAUGUUUCAGUGCAUACCCAUCAGCCAAUAUGUGGAUAUGGUCCUGUGCCGUGGAUACUCCCUGCCCCCAGAUGUGCAGGAGGACAAUGAAGAGCUCCCCCCUCCGCCACCUCCUCCUGCUUCGACUGGUGAAGUAGUAACAGCUGUACCCCUCAUCAAUGGGCAGCCUUUGCUAGUAAAGGGUGAUGCUUUACAUGCUUCCUCCCAGGAGCUUCACUACCUUACUACUGAUGCCAGCGGGCGGCCUAUUGUGGCCGCACUACCUAGCAUUCCUACUGUUGCUGAUGAAAAGCCUGAAGGUGGAAUGCUGCAGCCAGAGCUGGUCACUGUGCCCCUAGUGAAAGGCCCAGGCGGGUUUGGAUUUGCUAUUGCUGACAGUCCGCUGGGCCAGAAGGUGAAAAUGAUCCUGGAUGCCCAGUGGUGCCGUGGCCUGCUCAAGGGGGAUGUCAUCAAGGAGAUCAACAGACAGAAUGUGCAGACAUUGAGCCAUGCACAGGUGGUGGACAUACUUAAGGAGCUACCUGUGGGAAGUGAGGUCAAUCUGCUAGUUCUGCGAGGAGGUCACACUUCACCAGUAAAAAGUCUUAGACCCAGACAGGAAAUAAGUGCCAGCCUAGAGACUCUGGACCAGUGCCAUGAUGUCGGAGCCCCCCAAGCGAUCACUUACUACUCAAGCACAUUACCCAGUAGCUCUCCGAGACGAGACGUCGCCCUCCGCCAGAACAAGCCCAAAAGCACUGUACAGGAGUCUCUACAGAGAGGAGUGCUUCAGUACAAAGAGCUGGAUGUGUUUAUAAAGAGAGAGCAAGAGACGGGAUUUGGCUUCCGUGUCCUUGGAGGAGAAGGACCUGAACAGCCAGUGUACAUUGGCGCCAUCAUACCCCAGGGAGCGGCAGAGAAAGAUGGCCGUCUGCGGGCAGGGGAUGAGCUGAUGGCUAUUGAUGGCAUCACGGUAAGGGGCAAAUCCCACAAGCAAGUGCUGGAUCUUAUGACCAAUGCAGCUCGCAACGGACAGGUGCUGCUGACCGUGCGCCGAAAGGUCAUCUUCAGGGACGUGCCUGGGGAUAAUGGGUUACGGAGCAUGGCUCCGGCGCUAAUGAACGGUUCUCCGAAAACCCCGCGUUUUCAAGUCCCAAGUGUUUUGGACCAUGAAGUAAUGGAUAUUACACUCCAUCGCAAAGAUACUGAAGGCUUUGGAUUUGUCAUUCUAACUUCCAAAAGCAAACCCCCACCUGGAGUAAUCCCUCAUAAGAUUGGUCGGAUCAUCGAAGGCAGUCCGGCUGAUAGAUGUGGUCUGUUGAGUGUGGGUGACCGUAUCUCUGCUGUUAAUGGCCGGUCAAUCAUCGAGCUCUCUCACAGUGACAUUGUGCAGCUUAUUAAAGACGCUGGUCAUGCUGUCACACUCUCUGUAGUUCCCGAGGAUGAAUACAAAGGCCCACCCUCGGCAGCCAGCUCAGCCAAACAAAGCCCUGCACUACAGCACAGGACACUAAAAUCCAGCACACAGGAGGAGAGGUAUACUCUUGAUCCAGAGGAAAUCAGGGAUGAGUUGGUCUGGGCUGAAUAUAAAAUGAUUACAGAUAAUGAAAAGGAAACACUAUGUGUAACAGGCUCCAAACAGGGUUGUAUUCUUGUUGAGUUAGAGCGUGGCCCACGUGGGUUUGGCUUCAGUUUGAGAGGAGGGACAGAGUAUAACAUGGGCCUAUACAUCUUACGAUUGGCUGAAGAUGGCCCCGCGCUUCAGGAUGGCAGGAUUCAGGUUGGAGAUCAAAUAGUAGAAAUAAAUGGUGAACCUACACAGGGUAUCAGUCACACCAGGGCCAUUGAGCUCAUCCAGGCCGGAGGAAACAAAGUCCUGCUGCUUCUGAGGCCUGGACAGGGACUUGUGUCUGACACCGGUUCUGAAGCACCAAAUCCAGUAGUCUCUUCACCUCUAAGCUCUAAAGAUGAUGUUUUCCUCACAGAGCAGCUGCCAUUUGAAGCUUCAGCCUUUUCAUUCUGCUCACCUCUUGUUCAACCUUCCUCACCUCCAUCAUCCAUUAGAAAGCAAGAGGAUAGAAUCAAGAGGAGCCCCUCUAUUCUUUCUCCAAACUGUGUCAAGUCCAGCUCCAGUCUUUCUCCUCGCACAAAAGGCAACAGCAAAAACAGGAGCAUAAAAACUCAAAACUCUGCUUCUCCCUCAACCUUGGAACCAAAAUGUAACAAACGAAGUAAGUCUAGAGAAUUUGAUAUUAACCCUGGAAGUACAGAAAGGAAACUUAAUGGUCCAUUCAAAACCAAAGAUAAAUCCCAUAACUCCCGUAGAUCCACAAAGAAUCUACAACACAGCUCACAAGAUUCCAUGAAACGCAAAAAGUCCAACAAACAGCAACUGAGCAGCACGAAAAGUCACAAACUAUCAAAAGAGUCAGGACAGGAAGUUAUGGUUAAUGGAAAGGAAAAUUCCACAGACAGGUCAGUCCGUAGAGAGGUCAAGACAGAUAGUAGUGAGAGGGUUGGAAGGGAUCGUUCACGAGGAAGGCAGAGAACCAAAAAGAAAGAGAACAGGAACAGUAAGAAUGGUGAAACAAAUAGACGAGAAAAAGUGAUAGAGGCGGAGGCAGUGCUAGAAGAAGAGGUGAAGCUGGAAAGCAUAUUGAGAAAGAAAAAUCAACUACAGGACACAAAGAAAGACCAAGACACCAGCAAAUCCAGAGCAAAAAAGAGCCGGAGUCGUCAUAAACACGAAGAAGAGGACAAACUACAGCAAAGAAAGCAUAAAGAACAACAGAGUGGUUCAAAGAGAAAAACACAUGGUAAAGAAAGGGAUAUAGAGGUAUAUGAUAAAGUAAUAGAAAAAGGGGACCAGAAUGAAUGUAAGGAAGAGCUCACUGUUACAGAUGAACUGGAUCAAAAUGAUCUUUGGACAAUACAGAGCUUUGCACGCAUUCUAACUCAUGAAGAGGUCAUGCGAGAUUUGUACGAGUAAUGGAAGGAUGCACUUCACUUUGUCGAAAGAACCAGCCUCUUUGAUUUUGUCAGUUAAUGUUCUGUCAUUUUCAAAACCAUGUUUACAAAGCUGCUGUACUCUGCCCCUCCCUUCAAACAGACACUCCUCCGAAAGAGUGUACCGUGAGUUUCAUCAUGCUUUCACCAAUUCCAUUAUUUCUCAUUUCAAUGCACAGAAUGGAUAAAAGCAGUAAAAAUAAGAGUUGCUGCUAUUCUGCUCUUAUCCUCUUCAUGCUGGGGACAGUGUUUACCGAGGAGAAACUUAGAAUAGAGUAUGUCUUCAGUAGAAAACAUCUGCUACAACUUUGUGGUCAAGUCAACAGGACCUCAGUUUUGGCCUAUUGUUUUCACUUUGACAGCUUUAAAAAAUGUGGAUUCUCUGCUGUCCAUCACAAUGCAGUUCAUUCAUAUGCAAUGAAAGAGACCAUACUUCCCUGCCGGUCACCAAAAUAACAUGACUUUUAUGCUUUGGGUUUUAUUAUAUGUCCUCAAGUCAUGUCGUCCCUGCUAUGAUUAUUGCCUUUAUUCCUGCAUGCAAAAACUACUCUUUUCCCUCAACUUACUUUGUUGCAUGCUUUUCAAAUAUGAGUUUCAACCACACUUUUAAUGAAGAACUUUUCAUAGAGGUUUGAGGCUGAAUUCUCUGCAGCAACUAGCUUUAAGAACUUUUGUAGACUGUUCUCUGACACUGACAUGCCUAAUUUCUUGAUCUUUAAAUCAUAUUAUUAUUAUUGCAAAAGACCAGAAACUUGUGCUUCUUUGCUGUUUCUAUGAAACCUCCGUUAGUUGUGUAUAAGCAUAGAGACAUGUAGCCAUAUCAACUCACUGAACGUGAUGUGUACAAUUACGUAAACACUGCGGUAGCUUUUACUUGGUAGCAUCUUUUUGACCCAUCGCAACACUAAUGAUACAUGCAGAAGUGUCUUCAAAUGUCUUGUGAUACUGGGUGUUUCAUUUUUUUUCUGGAUGUUUAAUUCAAAUGUAAAUGCAGGCAGUUGAGCCCCUGAACUGAUAAAAUAAUAUUAUAUAUAAAAUAUAUUUUUCAAAAGAUUAUUGUAAUUCACACUGCUCCAAAUGCCUCACACAUCUGUGUGAGUAGCAAAUGAUUCAGUGUAAUAAAAUACCAGUCUAUGGUAAGUAUACAAUGUACAAUGUCAAAAUAGGAAUAUUGCAGGUGUUGUGUCCACUGAAUUAUCAUUAUCAUUUAUAAAUCUUUAUUUAUUUUCAUCCAUGAAAAAAAUGUUGUGUAGCAUCAUAAGGGCUGAUUUAUGAUGGUAAGCUGAUGGACUCAUAAGGGGACAUGCUUCAUCAAAACCAAAGGAAUGGUGAACGUGCAUGUGUGUG